AUGAAGAGGUUCCCGAACAUUUGGAAUAACGAUGCGUUCACAAUUAGGGACAUGUUUGGCACUGACUUGGACGUGGCCCAACUGAAGAUAAUAUCGGAUGCCCUCUACACAAAGGACCCGAAGAAGACAGUGACGCUCAUUCGGGAGGGAGUCUUCGCGGUGGAUCGGGACCCCAGGAACGAUCGUGGUGACGAGGGCUCCAUCGACGAUAGGGCAGCGUCUGUGUGGAAGCACGGCAUCAUGGAGGUUCGGGCGCCGCCUACUCUCAUUGAGCCGCCAGAAGGAGAUGACACCGCAGUGGGGGAGCGCUUCAUGGCGCUGGACUGGGCCACCCUCAUUGAAGGGGCUAAGCAAUGCUAUGCCCGCCCUGACUUCAACACGAACAAAAUGUUGGUGGAGUCGCUCUCUAAGCCCAUAAUGGGCUGCAGGCUUCUCUUCAAGGACACGCCUGAUGCGGUGUGCAAGUUUUACGUCGACUACAAGAACGAGGUCAACACCGAGGCGACGGCGACGACCUAUUUACAGGUAUGCAGGUCCACUCGCGAUGUCGUGGCGCGCUACAAGGUGGAGAACCCUGGUGCGACUGUUGCUUCUGUGGGUGGCCAGAACAAGUACAACGUCGCUAGAUUUAAGGUUGCCGAGAAGAUCCACCCUGGUCGCUGGCCGAACCCCACGGCGCUGACCACUAUGAUCAGUUUCUUCGACGAGUCCAAGAAAUACACGGUCGACGCGGCCGCGAAGGUCAGCGUGUGGGAUGACUUCGUAUCUUUCUCCCAGAAGCGCGUCGAAUUCAAGCACCCUUUUGCCCAGCAGCAUUCCGAAGUGUUCGGCGUAGUGAAGCUAGUUUUCUCGAGGCUCAAGCAUGACCACCCCGACAUGAUCACGAGCGUGCUGGCAUUCGGGUUGCCCCUCAAAAAACGCGCGGGGGCUUCCGCGAUUUGUGAGGGCGUGGACCGCAUCAAGAUCACGGAUGACAUGAUGCUGCGCUUGUUGUCGAAGGUGGGUGCCGCAAAGAUUCUCCAGCAAGAUAGCCCUGAUACACCGCCAACUUCGAGCAGGGGUCGCGGCGAGAGCGGGGGCAGAGGCAGGGCCCGUGGCCGCAGCAGCAGGGGCAGGGGGCGAUCGGCAUCAAUUUCAGCUGGUAUCAGUGCUGUCCAGCAGCAGCAAGCAGUUCCCGACAUGGGCGCGCCCAGCUUCCAGUUCGACGCCGACGAGGCCGACUGCGACGCGCUUGACCAUUGGAAGCACACCGUUGACAGAUUGGUGAGUAUCGACAGCCGCCAGGAGGACGGCAUCCGCAGCAUGAUGUCCAUCGGCCUUUACAUGAUCAUGGCCAACACGACGUCAGUCGAGCUCCUAGUUGAUGGAAAGGUCAAGAAGGUUAAAGGUUGGACUGAGCUUGUUCGAUUGGCCAAACUCCACGUAUACAAGAUGGCCAAGUUGGCACCUCGCGUGUCAGACCCAGACUUGGUCGAUGGCGGCGACGCGGUGGACGGCAACAAGGCGAUCGCCGACCGCGGGUGGGACAUGGACCGCGCGUCUGAGUUCUUCGAGGCGGAGUCGGGCACUGCGUCCAAGAUCGUUGAGUUCCUCGCGGCGAACAUGGACGCGGCUACAGGAACUGCUGGCGACCUGCCCACAAAUCAGAAGGAGGCAACUGUGUAUUUCAUGACGGCCUCGGCCAAGUGCAUCGAGGACGCUGUCCCUGAUGCGUGGAUUCGCGUGGCCGUCGUUUUCGGAGAGAUCAAGACCGCCCUUGGAAGCAAGCUGAUCAUUCCGAGGAACAGCCCCUGGGAAAAAAUGUCCGAUGGAACUGAAGUCGCGUUGAAGUGCGUGAAGUUCGGCUCCCUCAUGCACGUGGCGACGUGCAUCGGGCACCAGUCGUGCAUCAUCUCGCCGCCGAGUGAUAGCCGAGAUGGCAAGCAACCUUUUCACGGCCCGCUGGUCCAGCCAUGGGCCCAGAGGGCGUCGGGCGCCAUCAGAGACUCCGUCGACACCAGCAAACUCGGCCACGCGAUUGGGAGUGCAAGCUUUUCGCAGCUGCCAGGCCCGAAGGUGACCCUCGAGCUGUUCGCCGACGGCCGCUCUUUCGUUGACAUCGCAAAAAUGUUCGGGCAAGUCGUCCAUUCGCUGUGCGACCACAUCCAGCUUCACGACGCCAACGGCUACGAGGCCUCGAAGGCGGAGCUCUUGAAGUCAUUGCACUCCGCGUCCCGAGAUGAGGCCAUCGCCAUCGUGAAGGCGACGCGCGGCUUGGACAACAUUGACCUCCCUGCCAACUUCAUCACGUUCAGGAACGACUUCGUUCGCAAGGCCGAAAAGCUUUACGAUGCCAGCCACCAGGAGAUCAUCUUGACUAGGGCACUGCUUGGACCUGAGUGCGGCGCUGUUGUGUUGGAGAAGUUGGCGGGCCACGUCGAGACGGAGAGGCAGCGGGCGGCGGCGGUUGCUGUCAAGGGCCCCGCCCAUGCAGCCAGCACAGCUGGCGGCGAUGGCAAAUGUCUGCCAGGAACACCCCCUCUUACGCUCAAAGCUUCGAUGCUGAAAGCGAUCGAUACGGAACUCAAGGACGCCGACGUUGCCAAGAACAUCGUGUGCGCGCACGCUCGGGAGAUCAUGGGGAAGCUGCAGGUCGCCAUCAAUGAGAACAUGACGAGCAUCCCUUACAAGGACGACAUGUACGACAAUAUCAGCAUCACCGUGGAGGAGAAGUCGACGAAGGGCGGUGCCAUGGCAAGUGUCGCUUUCGAGAGCGCGCCACCUCAGAAGUCCAACUCGGAGGUGAUGUAUUACUGGGGCAGGGUGGUGGACGACAGGGAUGUGAAGAAUCUGAAGAAAGAGCUCGCGAUGCCCCUCGGCAACGGGAUCGUCGGCUCAAAGGGCACGCGCGGCCCCGAGCUCUACCUCGACGGCACGAAGUUCAUGAACCACUUGAGGUCCGAUUUCUGCUGCCCCUGGCUCAUCGAGAUCCAGAUCACUGCCAAGGACCAUGCUGGCAUCCAGCGCACGUACCACUACACCAUUCCCUUCCUGAAGACGCUGGAAGACGUCACGCCCCUGAUGAAAUGCACCCGCAAGCGCAUGGCCGACUGGGACGACUCGAAGUUCUCCAAGGCUCCGCGGAAGGAUCCGCAGGUGCCCUUGAGCUUUCUAAUGAAAUAG